UCCAGACUAGCACCGGGCUGCAGGCGACUCGUACCGGGGAAGCUGCGUCGCGAGCAGGCGCCGAGUCGGGACAUCAUCCAGCACGGAGCGCUAAGCUAGCUCCCACUAGCUUAACCUCACUUCUUUCAUUUUUUAAUCUUCUAUCUCUAGAAAACAGGGUCAGUCUACUCUGUGGCUCGUCGGUCUGACAGUAUACCAUGUCUAUAUUACCUUUCACUCCCCCCAUCGUGAAGAGACUCCUCGGCUGGAAGAAGGGAGAGCAGAACGGACAGGAGGAAAAAUGGUGCGAAAAAGCAGUGAAAAGUCUCGUCAAGAAGUUGAAGAAGACGGGACAGCUGGAGGAGCUGGAGAAGGCCAUCACCACUCCGAAUGUCAACACCAAGUGCAUCACCAUCCCGAGGUCUUUGGAUGGGCGUCUGCAGGUGUCCCACCGGAAAGGCCUACCGCACGUCAUCUACUGCCGCUUAUGGCGCUGGCCGGACCUGCAGUCGCACCACGAGCUGCGGGCCGUGGACCUCUGUGAGUUCGCCUUCCACACCAAGAAGGACGAGGUGUGCGUGAACCCGUACCACUACCAGAGGGUGGAGACGCCUAUUCUGCCCCCGGUGCUCGUACCGCGACACACGGACAUCCCCACAGAGUUCCCCCCCCUGGACGACUACAGCCACUCCAUCCCAGAGAACACCAACUUCCCCGCUGGCAUCGAGCCUCAGAGCAACUACAUCCCCGAGACUCCUCCCCCUGGGUACUUGAGUGAAGAUGGAGAGACCAGCGAUCCCCAAAUCAACCACAGCAUGGAUACAGGGUCGCCAAGCCUGUCGCCCAAUCCCGUCUCUCCAUCAAACAAUAAUCUGGACCUCCAGCCUGUAACCUACUGCGAGUCGGCCUUUUGGUGCUCCAUCUCCUACUACGAGUUGAACCAGCGGGUGGGAGAGACCUUCCACGCCUCCCAGCCCUCCCUCACCGUGGACGGCUUCACGGACCCCUCCAACUCUGAGCGCUUCUGCCUGGGUCUGCUCUCCAACGUUAACCGUAACUCCGCCGUGGAGCUCACGCGCAGACAUAUAGGACGUGGGGUGAGGUUAUACUACAUCGGGGGGGAGGUGUUUGCAGAGUGCCUCAGUGACAGCGCCAUCUUUGUCCAGAGUCCAAACUGCAACCAGCGCUACGGCUGGCAUCCUGCCACCGUCUGCAAGAUCCCUCCAGGCUGUAAUCUGAAGAUCUUCAACAACCAGGAGUUCGCUGCACUCCUGGCUCAGUCUGUGAACCAGGGCUUCGAGGCGGUGUACCAGCUGACCCGCAUGUGCACCAUCCGCAUGAGUUUUGUGAAGGGCUGGGGAGCAGAAUAUAGGCGACAGACAGUGACCAGCACCCCCUGCUGGAUAGAGCUGCACCUGAACGGCCCUCUUCAGUGGCUGGACAAGGUGCUCACGCAGAUGGGCUCCCCCAGCAUCCGCUGCUCCAGUGUGUCCUAGGAACAGCAUGCCAACC